UUUCGCUUUCCACUCGUAUGUGUGUGUGCGUUUCUCUACCGUGCCUGGCGGUCGGUGGAGUGCGCAGAGUGUGUGCUGCGGCGGAUUUUGCGUCUUGGCGGUGCUUAGUACUGGUGUAACCCCCUUUUCCUUGCUUCCACCAUAACGCCGAUCUUCGUCCGGACGUUUUGUAAAGAUGUCGGAAGACCACAACGACCACGACGAGUGCAACGAAAUCCAGGACAUACCGGAGAUUGAGCUCAUCAUCAAGGCUUCCACAAUCGAUGGGCGCCGGAAAGGAGCCUGCCUUUUCUGCCAGGAGUACUUCAUGGACCUGUACCUGUUGGCCGAGCUCAAGACCAUCUCUCUCAAGGUGACAACCGUGGACAUGCUGAAGCCUCCACCAGACUUCCGCUCUAACUUUGAUUCGACUCCACCACCAAUCCUGAUUGACGGGGGUGAGGCAGUUCUUGAGAAUGAGAAGAUUGAGCGCUACAUUAUGAAGAACAUCCCCGGUGGACACAACCUGUUUGUGCAGGACAAAGACACUGCCACCGUUAUUGAGAACCUGUACAGUAAAUUCAAGCUGAUGCUGACCCGCCGGGAUGAGCAGUCCAAGAAGUCUCUGCUCAACCAGCUCAGCAACAUCGACGCCCAUUUGCGCAAGGGGGGCUACCGCUUCCUCACGGGUGACACCAUGUGCUGCUUCGACUGUGAGCUCAUGCCGCGCCUGCAACACAUCCGCGUUGCUGGCAAGUACUUUGCGGACUUCGACAUACCACGCACACUGUCUGCACUGUGGGGCUACAUGGGCCACAUGUAUCAGCUGGAUGCGUUUACCCAGUCAUGUCCUGCAGACCAGGACAUUAUCAACCACUACAAACUGCAGCAGAACACCAAGGUGAAUAAGCAUGAGGAGCUUGAGACGCCCACGUUCACCACAUCAUUGCCUGCUGAGCUCAACAACCACCACUGAUGGGCCCUUCCUUCGUUCCUUGCCCACCCUUUUACGAGAUGAUGCAGCACAUGGCCAGCAGUACUUGUGUCGAGUCACGCGAUAUAUUUGCGAACAUUUGUGUAGCCAAAUUGAUGGCGUCAGCAGCAGUGGCAGCAUUUUUGCUAAUUAUAUGCACACCAAAGCUUGUAACACGAUUGCUGGAUCUGACAUCUUCUGCAGCAGUGUUUGUUGUUCGCACGGUGAAGGGGCCAUUUUUCUAAAAAGGGUGCAAAGCAGACCGACUGUGUUGUUAAGCAUUUGAGGGGGCUGUUGUCUUCACACCAGGCAACGGCCACAGCAGUGCAUGUUAAUGCGCAUUCUUGCAUUUUAGCAAAGAGUGUGGCUUAAGGUAUGAAUGGUGUAGGCAACAAACUAGUGUUGUGAGAUCUGCGACAGUGAAGUGAUAUAAACUUUUCAAAGUGGCUUGGUUCGCCGAGCUGUCUUUUUGGAAACCAGAGAAUUGGCUUCAGAAGGAAGCUAUAUCAUCUGUAUGAGUUCGCUUAGAAAGUCUUAGAAGCACUACUGCUGUUAUGCCCAGCGUGAGCAGACCUCGUCGGGAGGAAAACCACCUCCUUUUGUCCUGAUAGCAUGCAAUUCAAUUUUAUUGUCCAACAAAUGAAAUAAAUACCAGACAGUAGUAUAAAAUUUUGGGGUAUAAUAGACCUGCCUUCAUGUCUGACGCAGCUUUAGUGUAACGAAGCUACACAGCAUUGAACUAGAAAACAGUGGUUACAAUAGUCGUAGGUUAGUUGUUACACUGAAAUGGUGCUAGGUGCGUUUCUUUUUUAGGAAAGUGCUCAGCGCAGCGUCAACUGUUCUUUAGUAGGAUGCAUUGCAUAAAAGUCGGACAUCUGUCACACUUGCCUAACAGGCAUUGGAAUAUAUUUAUCAAAGAGUGGUGUUUCUAGAAGAAAGGAUUAAGGGAACUCGGUGCCGUUUGUCUGCAAUUAAGGCCCUGUAAAUUUUUGCCUCAGUGUCAGCUGCUGCCGAUUCUUUAUUGUGUGUGCUAUCCUUCUUUUUUUCACUUCUUCCUUGUUUUUUUCUCCUCAUGGGAGGGCGUUUUAUCAGCGAGGUGGCUAGCAUGUGCCAGGCAUUUGAGAAGUGAAGUCCACAACGCAAAUUUGUGAAGCGAGCAAUGGCCACUUUGCUAGCAUGCCAGCAUUUAAUGUCAAGGCAUGUGAACCUUAAAUUUAGUUAAUAUAUAUGCAUAAUUUUUGAAGGCUAUGUUUGGUGCUCUUUUUGUUCUAUAGUUCGCUGCUGGCUGCUCCCUUCAGUGCUCGGUGAUGCCAAAUGAAGCUCGGUGAUGCAUUUUAAUAAGGGUUGCUAUGCAAGCACGAAAGUGCUGGUAGAAAAGUCAAUGGAAGGCAUGGAACAGAAGGCAAAGAGGGACAACACGAGCGCUGUGUUGCAAUUUUCUGGAGAAAUGUGGCCUGGCGCUGUAAGUUCAUUGGCUAUAGUGCAGUUCUCUUGUAAAGUGUUUAUACAGCUUUAAGGAAAGCAGGAUACCAAGGUGCGUUGUAUAUAGAAUAGCUGUGUAUUAGUCGAGAGCUUCCACAUGAAAAACGAAAUGUGUGAAAGCAGUGUCUAUGUCUCUGCUUGUGUCUGCCCUUCUGGAAGUAUUCGAGACUGCUGCGACACACAAGCUACUAUUUUAGGGCUUGUAGAAUUUCAGAUCCUAACUUCUACAACGAUAAUAUCGCAUGCCAGCUUGGUGCAUUUAGCUGAGUCAUGCUUUGGUGCCCUCGAGCGCACAAAGAAGCCCUCUCUUGAAGUGCCACAUUUGUAUUUAGGCGAGCCUGACAGUCGCCCAUUUUUUUUUUUUUUGGUCCUGCCUCGUGGGUUCUUUCACCUUUAAAAUGAUUACUUUCACAUUGUGUGAGCCGCUGUGUGCCUUUUCUUUUUUUUCCCUUAUCUGUUUCUAUGAAAACCGGCUAAGAUAUUAGUUGUAGAUAUACACCCAUGUACAUAGGACUUCCAUGUUGCCUCGCCUAAUGUGACAUCUCCACCUUUGUUAUCCUAGAGCAUAGUGUUAUUGAAAAUGAAGACUUUGAGAGUUGAAAUACUUUUGUGACAUGCUUGCUACUGACACAUGCUGCAUUAUCACUGCACACUUUAGGUAUUCAGGUGAAAGUGCAACGUUGACCUUACGCCCUGCAGCAGGGUUAAGGGCACAUCCUGCUAGCAUGCAUCUUGAUUGCUUGACUGCGUUUGGUCCGGGUUAUGAAUUUGGUAUGGCAUGGCACUUGUUGGGAAGAACUUUGCAUUUUAUGCCAAUGUUUGCUUAUAGAGCACCUUAAUGUGAUGCGACCUUUCCAGUUCAUUAUACUUAAAAUGAGGCAUUGGCUUGAGACUUAAAAUGAGGCAUUGGCUUGAGGUGUUGCUCAGAAAGCAAAUCUGAAGGCAAUUAAAAAAAAAGGCUGACCACAAUAAAAGCAAAACGCAAGAUGGUUCGGCUCGCGCACUACAGCUGCUCGAUUAACAUUUUUUUUUGUGUGUGUGAAGAAGGCGAAACAUGUUACCCUUUGCUCUUAUCGUGUCCAGCGUUUCAUUUUAAUUGCCAUCCUGACCAGGUGCAGUUUGAUCCAGCUAUCAAUUUGAAUGGGAAUUUGAGCAUUUCAUGCGAGGAUUGUAAAGUAAGUCUCUGGAUACGUGCUGCUACCACUACAAAAGCAGAAUAUCUGAGAACGUCACUUGCAAGCCGGUCUGCCAUGGCCUUUACUACGAGAUUCAUCGUUUAAGAUGCAAGCAUGAUUAACCUGACAGCAGCACUGGAGGUGUAUUGUGUAGUUUGCAUGAGAUGUGUGCAAGAUAUUGGAGCGUAGUUCUGGGGACGAAAUUUGCACGUGAUGCAUGGUGGCAAGUUAAAUGUUUGUCAAAGAAUGUGCUAAUGUUCAAAUUAACUAGAAACUGUUGUGUCGGGCACGUGCAUCAAUUCCGAUGAUUUAUUCCGAGGACUACUUUGAAAGCUGUUCUGAGACACUUGUAUAGAAGCCUGAAUUUUGUUUUCAUGUGUGAAUGUAUGCGUGUGCGUGUGUGGGUGCAUAUGUGUGCGUGCAUACGUGUGCAUACAAAAAAGAUUUUGCUCACAGCAAUUUGUAAUGCUUGUAUGCAACAAUAAACGCCACUAGAAACUUA